AUGCGGCUGCGACCAGCUCUGGCGUUGCUGGCGGCCCUCCUCGCGCUCUUCGACCCCACAGCCGGCGCAAAGUCUGCGGCAACGACCUUCUGCAAGUGCAUCUGCUUCACCAACAGCACCAUCAUUGCCCUGAACCCUCCGGCGUCGUCUGCACAGUCCUCGUCGCUACACAAAUUCGACAUUCGCUUAUCGAACCGCGAUCCCGACGCCGACCCGGAACGAUCCUAUCCCUACUCAGAUCCGCGCCGGGAUGCAUGGGCACAUGCUGAAAUCAAUGGUGCAAAUGAGAAGAGACAUGCUGCCUCGGGGGAGGAGGAGGAUGAAGGGGACGACAAGUCGAAAUCGCCGGCGGCCGGUCACUCGCGGCCACACCAUAAGUUAACCUGCGCAGACUGCACACGCGCAUUCUGUCUCGACUAUAAUCUGCCCAUAUGCAAGAACGCGCACGAGGAGGACGUGUUCACCACCUGUUUCCAGCGCGACUCCCUCAAAGACGAAACCGUAGUCGUUGUCUUCAUUUUCGCAACCGCGGGCCUUCUCGCAUGGGCACUGGUCAAACCCUGGAUCGAUCGCCUGCGAGAGCGCAACUCGUUCGUCCCACUUGCACAGCACGAGGUUCGUCGUGGUGGCGGCGGCGGCGGCGGACACACUCGCCCAAGAUUGAACAUCAAUACCGGUACCCACGGCGUGAACAAUCCCAGGCCUGGCAACGGCUUCGCAAGCCACGGCACUGCGGCGGGCGGCCGUGGAAGCGGAACCGGUGGAGGGAGCAGCACGGCCGGAGGGCUGUUCUCCAAAGGUCCUCCUGAUCAGACACAACCUGGCAGGCAAGGGCUACAACUGCACGCAGACCAAGAUGCCAUCGAUAUUGUCUCCGGGUCUGGGGUUCGGUAG